AUGCGCGCUGUCUCUGUUCGCAGAGAUGCGGGAGGCGAAGCUGGAGCUGGACGCCAUCAGCUACAGCGCAGGGAUCAGCGCGUACGGGAAGUGCGGAGAGUGGACCUGGGCGCUGGCGUUGCUCACCGAGAUGCGGAAAGCCACGUUGGAGACCAACUCAUCAGCUACAACGCUGGGAUCAGCGCGUGCCAGAAGGGGACGCAGUGGCAGCGGGCUUUGGGGCUCAUCAGCGAGAUGCGGGAGGCGAAGUUGGUGCCCGACGUCGCUAAUUGCAACGCUGGGAUCAGCGCGUGCGAGAAAGGCGAGCAGUGGCAGCGGGCUCUGACUCUGCUCCGCGAGAUGUGGGAGGUGAGGUUGAAGCCCGACGUCAUCUUCAGCUACAACGCCGGGAUCAGCGCGUGUGGCAAAGGCCGCCAGUGGCUCCAGGCGCUCUCCUUACUCAUGGAGCUGUGGAGGGUGAAGUGGAUGCCCAGCGAGGUCAGCUACAACGCUGGGAUCAGCGCGUGCGAAAGUGAAGAAGGCGAGCUGUGGCACCAGUCGCUGUCGCUGCUCCGCGAGAUGCGGGAAGCGAGGCUUGAGCCGGACAUCCUCAGCUACGGCGCCGUGGUCAGCGCGUGCGAGAAGUGCGGGCAGUUGUCGCAGGCGCUGUCCUUGCUCGACGAGAUGUUGGAGGCCAGGUUCGAAUUGGACGUCGUCAGCUAUAGCGCUGGGAUCACCGUGUGCGGGAAAGGCGGAGAGUGGAAACGGGCGCUCUCUAUGUUCGCCGAGAUGCGGAACGCGAUGCUGGAGUCCAACGUCAUCAGCCACAGUGCUGGGAUCAACGCGUGCGAGAAAUCCGAUCAGUGGCAGCGCGCGAUGUCGUUGCUGGGCCAGACGUGGAAGCGAAGCCUGGAGCCCAACGUAAUAUGUUUCAACGCUGGUGCCAGCGCGUGCGAGAAAGGAGGACAGUGGAAUCAUGCAUGGUUCUUGCUCAGUGAGCAACAGCAGGUGCGUUUGGAGCCCGAUGCCAUUAGCUACAACGCCGCUUUCAUGGCGUGCAAGAGAGGCUUGGAGUUGCAGUGGCAGCACGUGCUGGCGUUGCUCAGCGAGGCGUUGGAUGCUUAUGUGGAUUUGGACGUCAAUAGCCACGUGAUUGGGAUCAUCGCGUGGGAACAAGGUGGGCAGUGGCAACAGGCGCUGUCUUUCCUAAGGAAUUCGCUGCAAUUGCAGCUGCAGCCGAAUAGCUACAUGUUCAGCAGUGCAAUCGGCGUGUGCGAGAGAACCGGGAAUGUACCUUCUUUGGGAACGUGUGAUUUCCGUGUCCACUCGGGGGAAUUUUCGGUGGGGGGUGGCUUGAAACCUAGGCGUACAGGAUGGACUGCGCGUCUGGCUCGGGAGAGCUGGCCUGCCGGGUGGUACAGAUGA